CCCCAAGCAGGGUACCCAGGCUGCAGAGGUGCCAUGGGCGAGUCACGCCUGCUGCAGUGGCUGCUGCUGCUGCUGCCUACGCUCUGUGGCUCGGGCACUGCUGCCUGGACCACCUCAUCCGUGGUCUGUGCCCAGGGCCCUGAGUUCUGGUGCCAAAGCCUAGAGCAAGCAUUGCAAUGUAGAGCCCUGGGGCAUUGCCUACAGAACGUCUGGGGACAUGUGGGAGCCGUGAGUACCACCAAGCAUGCACAGCAACUGGGGGCCUGCUUCCUCCCGUUCCGGUGGUCCUGGUCCCCGAGCCCUUGGGCCAGCCUGAACAGGGGAGGGCUUCCCUCCCAGACCCUAACACUCCCCCUCUGUGCUGUACCCCAGAACUCAAAGGGCAUCUGUAUGCUCCUGGGUCUGUGCAAAUCCUGGCAGCCAGAGUCAGAGCAGGAGCCAGGGAUGUCAGACCCUCUGCCCAACCCUCUACUUGACAAGCUGGUCCUCUCCGUGCUGCCUGGGGCCCUGCAGCCGAGGCCUGGGCCUCACACACAGGAUCUCUCUGAGCAGCAAUUCCCCAUCCCUCUCCCCUACUGCUGGCUCUGCAAGAUUCUGAUCAAGCGGAUCCAGGCCAUGAUUCCCAAGAAUGUGCUUGCUGUGGCAGUGGCCCAGGUGUGCCGCGUGGUACCCCUGGUGGCGGGCGGCAUCUGCCAGUGCCUGGCAGAGCGCUACACCGUCAUCCUGCUUGACAUGCUUCUGGGCCGCAUGCUGCCCCAGCUGGUGUGCAGCCUUGUCCUCCGGUGCUCCCUGAAUGACAGCACUGCCCCAGGGUCACCGACAGGAGAAUGGCUGCUGCAAGACUUCGAGUGCCAGCUCUGCAUGGCUGUGACCACCCAGGCUGGGAACAGCAGCGAGCGGGCCAUGCCACAGGCAAUGCUCCAGACCUGCCUUGACUCCUGGCUGGACAGGGAAAAGUGCAACCAAUUUGUGGAGCAGCACACACCCCAGCUGCUGACCCUAGCGUCCAGAGGCUGGGAUGCCCACACCACCUGCCAGGCCCUCGGGGUGUGUGGGACCAUGUCCAGUCCUCUCCAGUGUAUCCACAGCCCUGACCUCUGAUGAGAACUCAGCCGGCCAGCUGCAAAGGAGGAGCCUAGUGACAGGGGCUCUGGGACCAUGGUGACCAGGCUCUUCCCCCUGCUUCCUGGCCAGCUGCCAUGCUGAAAAGAAGCCUCAGCUCCCAUAUCAUCCUCCCUGUUGCUCUUCCUCCGGAGUCACUACCACUGGUGGACCACGGGCCCCAGCUGUGUGUCGGCCUUGUCUGUUUCAGCUCAACCACAGCCAGACACCAGAGCCACUUCUGUCCUCUCUGGUGUGAGGCACAGUGAGGGCAGCAUCUGGAGAGCUCUGCAGCCUCCAUGCCUACCACGGCCUCCCAGGGCUGGGCUCAGGAGAAACCAGCCACCGCUCCACAGGAAACACUGCCCCCACCACCCGCCUCACACCCACCCCCAUGCACUCAAAGACUGGCUUGUACAGUUAUUUGCAAUUCUAAAUUCAGAAUAAAAAAUGGGAACAUACAGAACUCUAAAAGAUAGACAUCAGAAAUCCUUCAGUUAAGUUUUUCAAAAAAUCAGGAACUCCCCAGUGUGGUCCAGGGUGGACAUGGCACGCUCUAGCAUGAUGGAUGGCGACCGGGCAAGCUUUUUCCCUCGAGAUGCUCUGCUGCUUGAGAGCUGUCCCUUUGUUAAGAUAUAAAAAGGGGGUUUCUUUUUGUCUUUCUGUAAGGUGGACUUCCAGCUUUUGAUUGAAAGUCCAAGGGCAAUACUGUUUCUGCUAUGAUUUAUCUGCUCUAAGCGCCGCUGGGCGUGUGCAUGCUAAGAACCCAUUCCUGUGUAAUACAAACCUGCACCAAUGCUAAUAAAGUCCUAUUCUCUUGUACGAAAAA